CCUCCUCCUUCUUCCCUCCUCCUCCUCCUCCUCCUCCUCCUCUCGCAGCCGCGACAAGCCUCGCGAAACCCGGUUCCGUGCUGCACACUCGUCCCCCCUCCGAGGGUCCGGCCGCCCGCCCGCCGUGUCCACUCGCCCGAACCGCGGCAGAGGCUCGAGUACCGGAGCUCCGCACCGAGACCCGCCGCCGCCGCGCCGCCGCGCCGCUGUUGCAUCAUCAGCCCGGACCGCAGUGCAGCGAUGGAGAGGAAGCGUCCAGGAAUGCCCUCCGGAGCCAGGAUGCCCCACCAGGGUGCUCCCAUGGGCCCCCCUGGGCCCCCUUAUGGAGGAAGCCCCACUGUGCGGCCUGGCCUUCCCAAUCCAGUGAUGGAGCCUAACCGGAAGCGACCAGCCACGUCCCAGCAGGUCCAGCAGCAGGCCGUCCAGAACCGGGCCAGAAAUGCCAAGAGAAGGAAAAUGGCAGACAAGAUUCUUCCUCAGAGGAUCCGUGAGUUGGUCCCAGAAUCCCAAGCCUACAUGGACCUCCUGGCUUUCGAGCGGAAAUUGGACCAAACCAUUAUGAGAAAACGUGUGGACAUUCAGGAAGCCUUGAAAAGACCGAUGAAGCAAAAACGCAAGCUGAGGCUCUACAUCUCAAACACCUUCAACCCCGCUAAGCCUGACGCCGAGGACUCUGACGGAAGCAUUGCAUCCUGGGAGCUGCGCGUCGAGGGGAAACUAUUAGAUGAUCUGGGCAAACAGAAGCGCAAGUUCUCCUCCUUCUUCAAGAGCCUGGUCAUUGAGCUGGACAAAGACCUGUACGGCCCCGACAACCACCUGGUGGAGUGGCACCGCACCCCCACCACACAGGAGACGGACGGCUUUCAGGUGAAACGGCCGGGCGACGUGAGCGUGCGCUGCACCCUGCUGCUGAUGCUGGACUACCAGCCCCCCCAGUUCAAACUGGACCCCCGACUCGCCCGUCUGCUGGGGAUCCACACCCAGAGCCGUUCGGCCAUUAUCCAGGCCCUCUGGCAGUACGUCAAGACCAACAAGCUGCAGGACGCCCACGACAAGGAGUACAUCAACUGUGACAAGUAUUUCCAGCAGAUCUUUGACUGCCUGCGUCUGAAGUUCUCUGAGAUCCCCCAGCGCCUCACCAACCUGCUUCUACCCCCAGAUCCCAUUGUCAUCAACCAUGUCAUCAGCGUAGACCCCAACGAUCAGAAGAAGACCGCCUGCUACGACAUUGACGUGGAGGUGGAAGACCCCCUCAAAAGCCAGAUGAGCAGCUUCCUGCUUUCCACUGCCAAUCAGCAGGAGAUCGCAUCCCUUGACAACAAGAUCCAUGAGACCAUUGAGUCAAUAAACCAGCUGAAGAUCCAGAGGGACUUUAUGCUCAGCUUCUCCAAGGACCCCAAAGGCUACAUUCAGGAUUGGCUCAAAUCCCAGAGCAGGGACUUGAAGGUCAUGACAGACGUGGUGGGGAACCCAGAGGAAGAGAGGAGAGCCGAGUUCUAUAACCAGCCCUGGUCUCAGGAAGCUGUCAGCCGCUACUUCUACUGCAAGAUCCAGCAGCGAAGACAAGAACUGGAGCAGGCUUUGGCUGGACGCAACACCUAGACCCCGGAGCCCCCACAUGGUGAAAGCAGUGUACUCCUCAACUGGCAUCUCCUCACCACUUGCAAUUCCUGGCAGACACCAGCCCGCAAUUGUCUUUUCUGUGUUUCCCCUCUGUGCUCUUUCGAUUCCACCAUCUCCGAUGAGCAGCGAAUAAUCACGCGUGACCAGUGUUACACCCACAUUUUUCUCCUUGCCCGCUAGGAUCUGAAGGUGACGCUCACCAUCUCAAUAGUGUGGCACCUUCCCGCUGUCUCCGCUGAGAACGGUACCUUUACCGCUGACGGCCCCCCUCACCCACAUGUUUACAACUUCCAAGAGGCUCAACCCAAAGUCCAAGACCUCCUGUGAAUGCUGUACAGUUUCUCUCAGACUCUCUGGAUGCAUGUUUUCUAUUCAAGUGUGUCUUAAAGCAUGCUGCUCAGCACUUGGGUCCGGAGCUCAGUGGACGCGGAACAAGGGAGCGGCCACCAUGUCGGUGGUACAGCACAAAGUCCACUGUCGCCGUCGAGUCCAUGUUUCACUAGAGUCAGCACUAUGAAAAAGAGAAUUCACAGCACCGAGAGUAUUCCCAAGAGGAUGAGUCGUCUUUGUUGACUUUUUUGAGUUGGGCCAUGUGCAGAGAUAAACUUCAGUUUCAGACUGGUGAUUCAAGGUGGUUUACGGAAACGUGUGACUUAGGGCUCCCCAGAAGUAGCAAUAGAGGCCCUGCACACAAUAGAGACACACACACGGUUGGCAGCAUGUCAUCCUUUUGCAGUGUUUGCUGCCAGCCACGCGAGGGAGCCAGUGUACUGGGCCAGAGCGUGUCGCCAAGAUUACUUCAUGUCAAACCCCUCCAUUACUCCCUACUGGUACACAUGGCAGGUUGCCCAUCUUUUUUGGGGAUCAGUCCUGUCAUGGGUCAUCAACCUCUUGGUCUUGACUGUUGUGGUCACACACCGGAUUUACACACUCACACAGAAAUGCACCUGUGCAUCAUGGGGCUUCACGCCAAAGAUGAGGAGAUCAGCACUGUAGGUUGUUCACAGUAGCCAGACACAUAAAUCAGAAAUGGCAAGAACAUAUUCACUUGGGUUGUGCCUGGUAAAACAUGGUACUGAAUACGGUACAGGACUCUACUUAUUCUGCUACGCCCCACAGAAAUAUGAGCCAGCAGCAGGAGUGUCGCAGAUUAUUGAGCGUGUGACGCAUUUCAGUGUAUCUGGCUCUUUUUAUCCUUGCUAAAGAAGUUUUUCUGGACGUUGUCCUUUUUUUUUUUUUUAACCCUUGUUGCACAAAGAGAGCCGUGUUACCUGGGAAAAUGUUUUUCUGUGCCGAUGGUCUUUCUUGUCUGUUGUCACAGUUUUCCUGUCGUUCAGCAGGGUAAUUAUAUGUAGUGAAUUGAUGUCUGUGAAAUUAUCAGUGUUAAUCCGAAGGACUGAGACUGUUGCUACUUUCCCCGUCGUAUGAAGGAGUAGGAAAGGAAAAGUGGCCCUGGAAAAACACAACACAUUUUUGUUGUACAACAACGUUUCUGUGUGUGUACAACACAAUUGUCAUGUUCUCAUGUUUCCGCAUUACUCCAGCAGCGUUUCUGUGUGUGUACGACAUCACACUGGCAUUAUGCACCUAGGUCUUGUUAUGCGGAACAUUAAAAUUCCAAAGUCACCUAUUGAAACAUGCAGGGAGCUCCUGGCACUGUCGUCAAGCCAGGGUGGGCGUCCAGGACAGCAGGACACUGGAAGAGAAGAUCUCCUUUGGCUGGAAAAUACUGAUGGACCAAGGAUGAUGGUAUGUCUGAGUGCCUGGUUCCCUCCAGCCAAUUAGGCACAGUAGUUUCCAGUGCUUGUCGUACGAAUAGAGACUAUAACGGAGUCCUUUCAGCGAUGCGGUCGUGUAGAUGCUGUAGCAUUAACUGUGAAUUUAAACAAAUAAUAUGCUGAGAUGAAGGAAUCUGAAGAAACGGAAGAAUUGCAUAGAAUAUUGAGGCGAGUGUUCCCGCGCGAAAAGGAACACGUGUUACAGUGCGUUUUAGGGCUUUUAACUUUGCUUUUGCACAACAUACAGACCACAAUUUGUGGGAGUGAGAUUGAGACUUUGGCACCUGUGUAGUGUUAGUGGAGAGCUUACCGACGUUGUCUUUUUCUAUUUCAAGCACAUUUGAGAUAUAGUUUUUUCAGUUUUGGUCCUUUGAGGCUUUCCUUUUAAAGGUUGUGGUGCAUCAGUUCCUGCAGAUGAGCAGAAGGUUGCGAAACAGGGCUCUGCGGGAGACGAAGAGGGCAGAGUGAGCAGAUCAAGCUGCGGACAAUGGCAGGAAGAUGAAGAAAAAGAGACAAGGACGUAGGGAUGAGGUGCACUGUGUAUGUUCCCCCUGUUAAAGAAAUAGAAGAGGAGAGGAAUUUGGUCUGUGUAAGUGGAAAACAGCAGCAGCCAGGGCCUAGAUAUUAGAUGGUUAGGUACUCACCCUGAAUUGAUACAGUAAAAUUACCCAGCUGUAUAAAUAGGUGAAUAAUUGUAAGUAGCUUAGUGGACAAACCUAACACUAUAAGUUGCUUUGGGCAAAAUGAUACUUAACAAUAAUGGCAUCUUUUUACAAUGAAGACAGAUUGAAAGUAGCAGAAUACUGAAUAUUGCACCCUGUGGAUCUCAGCACAUCUGGGCUUGAGUCAUCAGAUGAGUGUUUCGUGAAGACAAGGCCAGACUGGCUGUACCAAGCAGGUCUGACUUGGGUUCAUUCCCCUUGUGCACGUUGUGUGGGUGAAAUGAAGCACUUAACCCCCCCCCCCAUGUCAUACUUUCUGUUAUCAAUAACCUUGAAAGAAUGAAAUUCUGUGCCCAAGUCUCCAAUCACAUUGAGGGGAGAUGUGUCCACCCCCCAGGUGCAGGAGGUAGUUCUAAGAAAUUCCUGAGAAGAGUUUUGCUGGGUCUCCAGUCACUGCCUGUGUUGUAACUCUCACUUUGACUUUUGUUUUGAAGCCAGUAAGUGACACAGGGAAGGUGCCUUGACUCAAACCUGUUCCCUUAUUGAAUGUUGUUGCUGAGUGUCACACUGUUGUACUUCUACCUGUAAACACAAACCUGCAUUUACUUGUUUUAUAUAAAGAAAAUGCCUGUGAAACAAGCUGUCAAAAAAUUAAGAAACCCACUGCCUCUAAAAUAGGUUGGUUUGUUUUUUUUAAACCUAUGCAUGUCGCAUGAAAAUAUUUUUAUAAUUUGUUUUUUUAAAAGGACAAGAACUGUUUUUUAGCAUGACUAAGGGAAAUGAAGAACUCUUGAGUUUAACCUUGACUCGGUUGGGCUUUGGAGAUGUCAGCUUUGUGCUGAAGGUCUUCUAAGGAUUUAAAGAUGAUUAGAAGACAUGAAGAUAAGAACAUCAUCCUUCUUUGAUGCAUGGUGAAGAAGCCCACAAUAAAUUGUUUGGGGUCCAAGGGUUGACUGAUGGACUCUUAUAAAAGCAUUACAAAGAGUCAUGUUGGUCAAGGUCCCUGGUCACAUCAAUGUCCUUGUGUCAUUCAUGACUGGGAAUCCAACUCUUCUCUCCAACAUGGACCACCCAGCACUGACUAGACUUCCUGGAGAUGGAAGCUCUAGAGGUUGUUCCUCCUGCUGGAACACUAGUGUGUGUUUGUGUGAGUGUGUGGGCGUUCUGGUACAAAGACACGCUGGAACGCAGUUUGUUACCCGCUGAUGGGGACUGGGGCAUUCCUCACAUACAGUACAAAGCUGGUCUGGGACACUUUUAUCUUUGUAACAAUGGAAAAUAGCUUGACACUGUGGUUGUAAGGGCAACAAAAAUAACUAACGAACAACAAAGCUGUGAUUUUUCAGACAGCUUGGAUGUAAAUAAAACGUAGCAUUUGCCAAAGUUAGUAUGUCAAGGCCGAGUUGGGAACUACGGACACCUGGUGGGGUUCGAGGCUGGAUGGAUACUGUCUGGUCUUUGCAUCCAAACUCCUCCACAGCCUCAGGCCCAUCUAUUUUGUUCAGCGUCACCGCUGCGAAAUGGUACAAGGCAGCAGGAUUGCCUGCAGGCCAAGCCCACUCACUUGCUUUGUUUAACGUGAAACCAAAAAUGUCAGCAUUUGCUUCUGACAUGGUACAAGGAUGUGAUGUUUCCUGUCUUUACCUGUGUUGCUGUCCUGCACGGACCGGGUGUGGUCUCUCUGGACCCAGCCACCUGAAGUCUGAGGGUUGUCCCAGAAAGAACACCAUGCCACAAUUGGGCAUAUAACAUCUUCAGAUGUAUAAUGACAUGAUGCAUCGCCCUUCGGUCAUGGAAGAACCUUCUGACUGGUGUCCUGCCGCCAUCUUGGAACACCUAGUGAUGAGUUUUCCGUGGACGUUCAUCAGGGUCCAGGUCAACUGGGAGAGGGACAAACACCAUUCUGUAUGCUGGGGCUCAAAUUUAUAGCCACAGAGACCUGGGAACCACUCACUCUGCACGAACUGGGAGGAAGGGCAACUCACCAGUGAACACGAGCCACAGCAUGUUCUUCACACAACUCUGGUGCCACAAGCCUCUGGUGUUCAUCUCUGCUGUAGGUGACAUCUAAAACUAGUCCAUAAAAUACAUCACACAGUUGUUUACCUGGUUUCUUCAGCCUCGCACAGCGCCUGGAGUUUGAGCCCCUUUGUGAAAGGGACACCAGCCGUCACUGUUCUUCUAAACUGUCUUUUAUACGUCUGAGCUGUUCCAUUGAAAACCCAUUUAAGGUGUAAUGACAACAUCUUUAUGGCUGUAAAAGAAUUACAAAAUUAAACAUUUCUAGCUAUUCACGGUCUGGGCUAUAUAUGUGCAACUCCUACACACACUUACAGGAAAAAUGCAAAUAAAUAUAAGUGGCUCUGAUUCCAAACAUAUUCCUAUAUGUUUUUUGUUGUAGAGGAACAGUGACCUAUGUUUUUGCACAUGCCGGCAGAUUG